UUCUAACUAUCUAAAUUGUUAUAUCUUUGUAAUUAUAAAAAAAAAAUUAAAAUAUGAUUUCAUAUAAAGUUUUAAUUAUAUUAUUUUUUACGAUUAAUAUGAGCUACUGUUAUUCUAAAGAGGAAAUUCAGAAAGAAUGCAAAAUAUGUGUUGACAAUUUAAGACUUCUUGGGUUUAGAUAUAAAAAACCACUUAUAAAUUACAGUCUCGCAAUGCAAUAUGCUACUUAUGCUAAUGUUAUAUCAUUUGAAACAAUAGUAAGACUUAAUUUAACUCAAAAUGAAAUAUACCAGCAAGAACAGGAGUAUGGCAAAUCAGUACUAUCAGCUUAUAGAAUAAGCUAUGUAUAUGCGUACUACAAUGAAUGUAUAUUUUUUGAUUUUGAUCUUAAUGCUUUCUUGUUAAGUCCAAGAGAAUUUUGUAAAUUACAAAGUUUGUCCGGUUUGGGAUGCCUACAUUACCCGUCAUAUUUUAAGCCUACACAUAAUCGUCACCGACAUACGAUUACGUAUAAUGUUGUGAGUCCAGUAUUUAAAAUUUAAAUCAAAUUAUUAUAGCCUGUU